AUGUCAAACAAAAAUAAAAAAAUAGUUCAAGGUGAAGAGGAUGAAGAAGAGGAUGAUUUAUAUGAUGACUAUGAUGAUAAACCAAAAACAACUACAACUACUACAACAUCAACAUCAAUGAAUAAAAGUGAUAGUAAUAUAAGUUUAAAUAAAGAAAUGUUAAUAAAUGAUCACCCAGAAGAUUUAAUUGUUGGUGCAAAUUCACCAUUAAAUGUUUCUGUAACAACUACACCAAUAGAGAAUAUCAAUGAAAAUCCAUCACCUGUUAAUUUAGAUGAACAAACACAACAAACACAACCACAACAAAACCCAAUAUCACCAAUCACACCAUUAUCAUCAUCAUCACCAUCAUCAUCAACCACAACUACAACUAUAACAAAUUCUGCGGUAUCUCCAUCAAAUAUAUUAAUCACUCCAACUCAAUCACCAAUUGAAAUAAAACCUAUAAUAGAAACACAACAACCAUUGCCAUCACCACCACAACAAGGACCUUCUCCAAUUAUAUUACAACAUCAACAACAACAACAACCAUUGCAAUCACAAUACAUAACACCACCAAUACCACAACCACAAUAUCAACCAAUAGCAUCACAACAAUCACAACAACCACAACAAAUACCAACAAGAAAACUUUCAGGUUCACAAAUGUUACCACAAAGAAUACCAUUAAGUUUAGGUGAAAAUAAAUUAAAAGAAUUUAAUGAAAAUCUAAGAAAAAGUUAUUGUACAAAAACUCAUAUGUUAUAUUACUCAAUUAAUAAAGAAGUUAGUGGCGCAAAUCAACAUUUAACUGGUGUAAUAGAUUUAAUUAAAAGUGUUCAACAUAAUAUUAGACAAUAUAAUGAUGAUAUUUUAACACUUGAAGAAAAAUUAGAACAAACUGAAUGGUCAUUACAAUAUUAUUUUAAUAAUAAUAGUAAUAAUAAUAGUUAA